AUGCCGCCGCUGCAAUGCCGUGCCACAGCGCUCGAUCGAUAUUUAUCAAUCGGCGGCAACGCGUUCAUGCUACGGCAUCGCGUAGGUGAACUACGCCUUUGCUGUUCUCCAUCUUCUCAGACCGGUGCACUCAUUUUCAUACUAAUACACCUAGGUGAACACAGUAUCAAAUUAGUCGAGAAGAUAACUUCGAGAAAUCUCGUUCAUAAAUCAUCUGCGCUUAACGACGAAUUUUUGAAGAUUGAAAGAAAUAAAAACGUAACGCUUGCACUGGGAUCGAGAUCAGACGAAGGGGAAGAUGGGAGCGCUGCUCUGCCUAACCCUAAGAAGUAUUCCUACUACGAAUCCGGAUAUUUUGCGUAUGGGUUACCGGAACUCGAUGCUUACAUUGUCACAAGUAUUGUGGAUCGAGCUAAGGAAAUAGUCGACGAAUCUGGAUCACCAGUGUAUUUCAUGAUGUUCAGUGAAGCGUACAAAUAUUUGGCGUUAAAUUGGCUUUGCAAUACUGCUGCAUUUGAGAAUUCUGUGGAGGUCAUUGCUUUGGAACCGGAUUCGAUUUGGUUCAGAGAUCCCAACCCUAUGUUUCGAAAGAUGUCCUCUCGUCAGGAUAUUGAUGCAAUUUCCCCUUUGAGUGCCACUGGUGCAAGAAUAGGUAUAUGGCGUGGCUACAGCCCUAUGUUACUGAAAACCUCAGAAGCGACAGUAGCUCUCCUGAGGGAACUUCUACAAAAAAUGCAAAGGCGUGGCAGAGUCGAUAAUUUGGCUGACUACAAUUACUUAUGUAUGACACGCCACAGUGGAGUAAUUUGUGAUAACUUCCUCUAUGAAGACGUGUCCGAUGGAAAGUGGUUCGGUUUGACAGACACGGAUAAGAAUCUGUUGCACCCGUACAUCCUCAAUAACAAUAAUAUAAACGGAAGGAAGAAAAAAGAAAAUCGGCAGAAGAAGUUUGGCUUAUGGUUUCUAUCCGAAGAAGGUCAUUGCAAUCAUCAAGCAGUGAAAAGAAUGCUUGAGUCAUUCGGUAAAACAAUGUAG